AUGUCGGAAGGGUCCGAAGGCAGUAGCGAUGCUGUCGUCGGCGAAGGCGACAUCGUCUACCCUGACGUUCACCAGGACCCCCGCCGUAUUCCUCAGGUACUAACCAAAGCCGCCGUGCCUACACUCGUCGCUGGUUUGGAUGCAGGAGAUGUUUUGGAAUGCUACCUGAUCACUCGUACAUCUUACUUACACGGGAUUGCCGAAAAUCGCAUACCGGUGCACAAGCAAGUCAUUGGUUUGCGCUACCGCCCGCCCUCCUCGGCUUCCAAUACAGCACCUGCAGCCGGUGCCAACAGGGGGUCCGCAUUUGCGAACGGCAUAACGGGUAAACCACCACUCUCGCUUACACUGGAGUACGGACCCACCCGUACAGGACGGACUCCCGAUUUGCCGCACGAUGUGCUGCCCCGGAUUGUUCCAGAAGACAACGAAGUCGAUAUGGUGACCUGGGAGAACGAAGCACAAGUCUAUUACACAACCAGUAUCUCACCCGACACCCACGAGGAUGCCAACUACGUCACUUCUUUGACGGGAGCGGUCUUGUCACACUUGUUGCUGGAAGCCUGCGCGUAUCCGCUCAUACCCUCUAGACGUCGAUACCAACCCUUCGCGGUGGUGGACGUGCGCACGAACGCUACCUUACUGCGAUCCAGCAGCGACCGCGACUUCAUCCAAGCCAUGAUGCAAGUCUUGGCCAACGUUGGGGUCGUUCUCCAACCCAUCAUUCCACCACAUCCGGGACUCGUACAGCUCACGGCGAUUGGCAAAGUGGAACGUAUCCCGACCGCAACGUCGCGAACCGUCGUGGCGCAGUUUUACCAAACGCUCUACAAGUGCGUCGAAGCCAUCGCAGCCGCCAACGUGACGGCCGCUUUGCCAAUUCCUUCCGCACCCACGGCUGCGCCUUCAAAGACUCCGUCAAUGGCUCCGUCGAUGCUGGACGUGGCGUUGCCCGUCGAACCCGAGGUAGCGACCGAUCCUCCGAUUGUACCCGGUGACGACGUGCCGGACAAUGGGAAUAACGAUUCCGGAAAUAACUUCGACAACUUGCCUUCGUUGUUAUCAAAACCACCCCGUCGCCUUGACCAGCAAUCGAUUCUGAUCAACUUGUCCGGGCCACCUCCCAGUGAACCUCUGGCAUCAAUGGCUCCUGUACCCUCCAUUCCCGCGUCCAUUGGGGCUGUGGGAGAAAGUCCGGCUCCAACGUCUGUCUUACAGCCACCAAUUAUAUUGCCAAGUGUAUCCCUUACAAAGAUACCCUCAAUGACGCCAUCCUCCCCGCUUUCGACGGCCCCGUCUUCAGCCACACUUUCUACCUUACCUCCGAGUUUUCCGCCAACAACAGUACGCCCUCCAGUCUCAGAGUCCGACCUAGCGGCCCAAGCCGCGCAACAAGCCCAACAGGCGGCAAAUGAUGCGGCUAGCUCGGGCAAUUCCCAGGCUGCAAAAGCAGCUUCACAGGCGGCAUCGGCUGCGCAAAAGGCUGCGGACCUGACUGCUGUACAAGCGGCGUUUAUGAGUCGAGACGCGUUGUUUUCGGGAGAUGGUACUAGCGUCACAUCGGCUCUCUCCAAAUGCCUCUCGGAACCACGUUUUGGGCUCGUUAACGAGCGUAUUGAACAAGUAACCAACGAUGUCGACGGGGAGAGUAUUGUCACCAACCUGACCACCACCACCGCAUAUUUGUACUGGGACGGACACUUCUACUACCGCGUUAACUUGACGGCACCUUUUCUUCAAGUAGUUCCUCGUUUGUUGGACCUUCCCCCACCCGCAUCAGCAUCGUCCGGUGCUGCCUUGGGCGCGGACGAUUUUGUCGAUUGGAGUUUGGCCCUUGUGAUUUUUGCGUGUUUUCUAGUCGGCUGUCUCCUCAUUUUCCAAGCCGUCAUGGGUCGCAAUUUGCGCAUCAUUCGGCCGCUCUAUAAGUGCCAACGCUGGUUCUUCGAUCCGUUGCAGCACAACUAUGCGGAUCUGGACGAAACAUCCGAGGCAGACGGGGUUUUUCGUCAGCAGCACGGCUGGGGUCGUGAAUACUCUUUCGGAGAAGACGUCAUCCCUCUGUCGAUGGGCGGCCGACGAGCUACCGGCAGUACUCCCCCUCACACCAACUAUAGCGAACACGACGAAGAUGAUUUAUUUUGGUCCGGCAAAGCAAAAAAAAGUUCGAACGGCGGCCAUAUAUCUGGCGAAAAGUCUGAGAUGGAACUCACUAAUCUGUCGGAAGGUCGGAAGCGACUUUCGACCAAUGGUAGCUUCCGUGAGGAUGAAGAAUCCCCACUUACGAGCCAUCGCUUGUUUCGCGAUCCUGAUUUGGUUGAAAUGCCUACGUUACAUAGUACCAGCAAAGUGGCCAUUCCGGUCAGCCUUUCGCCAGACAAAGUUUCAUCAACCAAAAAAUAA